AUUUCAGCAGAAGCAUCUUCUUGGAAUGACACCAGCCUUAUCACACCAGGACUGAAGAAAGCUGAGAGAGUAGUAUAAUAUUAUAAUUAGCACUCUUUGCUUCUCAUUGGAUGAAUCAACCUGUUGCAUGUGCAAUAGGAAAUGUGCACAGAGCAGAGACAAAGGGAUGAACUAGACAUCUGGGUUGUAUAGAAAAGGUGCAUAGGCAAAGCAAUACAAAUCUUGAUCACAGCAUACAUUUUUGGCAAUCUAAGACUGGGUCAGAGAGAAGACAAGAACUUUCUUCUUUUGCUGAAGCUCUUUUGAGGAUGGCUUCACUUUUCCGACACCUGUGGGUGUUGCUAUGGAAGAACUGGCUGAGUGUCAAAAGGCAACCACUUUGGUCUUUCAUAUUAAUUUCUUUGCCUGUAUUUUCAUUCAUUCUAAUGGCCAUCAUUCGAAUCCAAUUUCCUCCAGAAGCCCAAUCAAACUGUUACCUGGCCCCUCGGAAUCUUCCCAGCACAGGAUUCUUGCCAUUUCUCCAAACUGUGCUUUGCAGUUCUGAUGCCACAUGCAAAAGUGCACCAUAUACUCCUGAAGAUCUUUUGCCCAAGUUGAAUAUUUCACUUAAAAGCAGGUAAAAAAGAAGGUCCGCUAACCAGGCAGAGGAGAACAGCCCAUCAUCCUGGAAUGCUGAUAUCCUCCAAAAUAGGAAUAGUCCUUUGGAGAUACUUGAUUCAACAUUCAGUCUGAAAGCUUUUAUUGAAAAUAUUUCAUCAUCAACCACCUAUGACAGAAUAUACUUGCUGAACGAGAUUCUCACUUUAGCAGAGAGACAAAACUCUUCUCAAGCAAAUCUUAAAGUUGCUGUCUGUGAGGUUCUAUCAGUGAAUGCAUCUUUGCAAAGUCUCCUUUUGGAAACUCUUGGAAUAAACAUCUAUCAGCCAUUCUGCUUCAACAAUAUGUCUCUUCUGGAGACAUUUUUUCAAGAACUCAGAACUCAUAUUUCAAAAUUACAGAAGGAUCCUUCUUAUCAGAUGGCUUUUGUCCAGGAAGUUGGAACAUUUUUAUCACUCAUCUCCCAAGUGCAGAAUGAAACUUCUAUAUGGAACCUCUUCCUGAUGGCUCCAGAUAUCAUUCAUGGUGCCACUACAGUAAGAGAUAUGGUUGAUACCCUUCACAGCAGGAAAAGGUUAUUUAUGAAGAGGGAAAAUAGUUCCCAAAUGAUCCUAAAUAUGACUAGCUGGUUAUCUACUUUGAGCUGUUCAGAACAAGGUGAGACUAGUCCGUUUGUUGUGCUUUAUCAGAGACCUAAGAAUCUUUUAGCUCUUGAUUUUGGUUAUGAAGAUUUUAAAACUGGCUAUUUUUUAAAGGAUUAUAAAAGAAAUACAAAAUCUCAGAAUAGCUUGAAGAAAAUGCCAUUAUUCGACUUAAAAGAAAAUAUCCACAAUUUAAAUAGGAGCAUCAGGGAUAUCGUGUUUUUAAAUAAUAUUAUUUUUAAAGCCAGAAAGGCAUGGCAAGCUGUUAAAAUGAGUACUGUCCACAAAUUCUCUUUCCUGCCUGAAAAAUAUAGAAGAUACUUAACUUCAGUGGAAGAAGUGCCAUCAUUGUUAUUAAAUUUUCUGCUUAAACCUGCAACAACUGACAAUUUUCCUGAGAAGCUCCUGGUACUUCAGAAAAUCUUUAGUAUCAUAACAAAUAGCAGGACUAAUCAUAACUACCUAUUGAUCUCUUCCCUGACUAACCUGAUGCAGAAAAUUCAAAAUUCCAUUAAUGAAUCUCAGUGGAAUGAAUUCAACACUUACUGGCAUAUUGUUGAAAAACUGAGGUCUGCAAAAUGGAGUGAUACAGACAUCCUUAUGUAUAGACAGAUUUUAGAUAUAUUACAUGACAAUCUGUAUGUCAACCAUGAUAACUUUGGACUUCCUUUGAAAAUAGAACUUGAGCAAAUGAUUAAAUUUGUAAAUCAUUUAUUGAAAAAGUAUGAUGCAGGGAGCAUCAAGGGAACAAAUGUUUCAAUGGUUUUAAAUACUAUUUUGAAAAGUUUACAAGUGUUAGAGGACCUGGAGAAAAAGUACAUCAAUGAAUUCAUUAUUGUUAAUCCCCUAAUGAAUACCAACUAUAAAAGUGUACAGAAAUUAUUUCAGACAAUUAAAAAGGGUAUGGAGAUACUUUCUGAUCCCAGUCAGAUAGAAGCAUUUAAUGUUAACAAAACUGAUACCCUCCUCAGAUUUUCACAAGCAUUACCUUUGCUGGAUUUAUAUAUAACUCCAGUGUGGCAUAAUUCUUCAAUACAAGCAAAAGUGUUGCAACUCUUGUAUUUAGCACCAAGCCUUCUUCAAAUGAGAAACAUUCAGGUCGACAACAGCUUCUCAGACUGCACUGUCAAAGACUUCCAUCUCAUUGCAAUUGAAGUGUUUUUCAAUAAUGCCACACUAAAGAAAGCCUUAAGAGAAAGCAAAUGUAAUUUUCUUUUCUCUUCUCUGGAUUUUGAAAACAGAACAACCUAUCACCAUAUGUUUACCCAAUUGUUUCAGCUUACAAUAAAAAAUCUCAAAUCAGCAUCACUUUUUGAAACAGUCCAGGGAAACAAAAGGAAACACUUCCCAGGUGAAUUUCAGUGUCUCGUCAAAUUAUUAGAAGUUUCAUCCAGUUUUCUGUCCAAAUUAAUUGGGCUCCAUAAAUACCAGAAUUCCUGGAUAGAAAAGAUUCAUAAAAAUCUAAGCGCUUUUUCUCUUGAUCUGUCUCAACAUAAACUGACUUGCAGAGAACCAUUGCUUAGCAAUAUCAUUGACAAAAUUUCUGCUUUAGACAUUCAGAAUUCUUUUAUUCUGAAUGGAACAGUAGCAGAUAUUCAAAAUAUCCUGGAUAAUCCAUCAGUUUGGAAUCAAACAUUUGUGCCUGUUUUGCUACAUAAUAAACAUCAAAAGAUUAUAGCAAAGAUUUUACAAAUGAGCAAAAAUGUUCAUCAAUUAAAAUGGAAUAAUUUUUCAGAGAUUUUGAAUGAGGUUGCAGAAAUAUUGAACUCGAAACAGAAUGUGACAAAUACAAAGCAGUAUAUUCAACUGCUAGAAAUGUCCAGAAAAGUGCUAAUUCUUGUUGUCAUUGGAUUAGCCAACAAGGAAAAAGAAACAUAUAAGCUUCUUGAAACUUUAAGCUGGGGCAUGAAAGUUUCCUCUUUGGAAGAGGUAUUAGAUGUGUUAAGAUUGUUCCUAAAUUCCAAUUCUGACAUAAAUUGCAAAACUUAUAUUAGAAAAAAUAUUAAUACUUUUUUAUCACCUAUUGAUGGUCUUUUUCAAAGACUUUUCUACAUUAAUCCUCAAGAACAAAUGAAACACAGAUUAAACAAAACUACAAGAAUAUCAAAUGAUUUGUUUUUAAAUAGGAUCAACUUAAAACUUAAAAUGAUAUGGAAAACUAUCCAGAAGAUAAUGUCUGUAGCAACUACCCAAUCUCUAGAGGACAUACCAUGGGCUUUUGAUUCAAGAGAAAAAAUUCCUUUGACUUCUUCAGAUUUUUUUCUUAAAUCUUCAGUAAUGAAAGCCAGUAAUGUAAAUCUGAUUACUUAUCUUUCACAAUUAGUACAAAGAAUGCAAAAUACUACUAACAAAUCUUGGUCACAUGAGUUGGAGGCUUUUGUAAAUAUUCAUAAAGAACUACGAUCUGUAAUGCAUAGCUCACUUUUUUUAAGUAUAUUAUAUAAACAUCUUUCUUUACUGAAUAAUGCUUCUAACCUUCAUUUUAAUUCAGAACUGCAAAGGUUAACUCAACUUUUAUCCCAUGUACUACCAAAAUAUAAUGAAGAAAACCCACAUAUUAACACUUCAGAACAAAUUCAUAUUGCUGUUAGGAAGCUGUUAUUUCAGCAAAAGUUUGGGCAUCAAUUUAACAUCAGUCAAUUAGAAGCCAUCCCCCCAUUGUCUAAUAAUAGCCACAAAAUCUUUGAAAAUAUUUAUGACAUACUGAAUCAAGGAGCAAUGAUACUGUCUGAUAGCAAAUUGGAAGAAACUGAUAAAGGAAAAAUUACCACCUUGUAUGGUUUUUCACAAUUUCUGUUUCAAAAGGAAUUCAGUGAAUUUUUCUUGGGAGAUAGAAAUUUAGUUGAAACAAAAACAGUGGAUAUCGUAUAUUUAACUCUAAGUCCAUUAUUACAUAGUUGGACCAACAAAAUGGGAGCGCCACAUAAUUGCAAUGCCCAAGAUAUAAUUCACAUAAUUUUUCAAAUGCUAUUUAAAAAUAUCACUCUCUCUGAAGUACAUAACCAAAACCAUUGUGAACUGCUUUUCUCUUCCAUGGAUUUUGAAAAGAGAACAAAUCAAACAUUUAUUGACUUCUUCCUUUUCUCCAUAAGAAAUUUCCAGCAGACAAAUUUAACAAAUCUUUACAAAAAAAAUAAUGUGCAUUUUUCAAAUGAUUUGUUAUGCAUCAUCAAAUCACUACAAUUUUCUUCUGGCUUGCUUUUGAAAAUGGAUAUACUUUUUGAUUUCCAACAUCCUUGGAUACAUGAGAUGUAUGCAACUUUAGCAAAGAUUUCUAAACAAUUACCAUCAAUUAAUUCAACUUGUUUCAUCCCAGUUCUUGAUAGUAUAAAUGAUGUUACUUAUAACCCUUCAACAAAUCCCUUGCUGUUGUCAGGUAAUGAAACAGAAUAUUAUAUACAAAAUUGCAUUGACAAAUUAAUAGACUGGAGUGAGUUAGCAAUAUUCUCCAAGCUGCUUCGAGAUUUUGCACAUGUGAAUAUUCCAGUGAAUGAAGCCACACAAAGAAAUAAAGAAGAAAGCUCUAUUCCAUCUACAAGUAAUUUUUCACAGAUUUGGAUUAUGUUGUCAAAAUGGUACCACACAGAAACAGAGAAUGCAAGAUAUGGCUUGGAAAUUAUGGGAAAAGUUUUGGAUCACAACAAAUCAGUUCCAGAAAUAUUUAAUGUCAGUAUUUCUACUUUAAAUCAUUUGGAUUUGCUAAAGGAGCUUAAAGCAAAUCCAGAUCCAAAUUUGCUAUCAAAAAGAACUGAGCUGCAAUAUAAAUUUGAUCAUAUUAGGCAUCCUUUUCUCAUGGUUGCAGAAACACUUCUAAACAAGACAUUUUGGAAGGAAUGGGUACAAGCACAAUCUCCAAGCAAUUUGAUUGCACAGUUUCUGUUUUCAGAAUUUGUACAUGUCUUCCUAAAAACAUCUCAUAAUAGUAACUUCUCAUCAUAUUUCAUUUGCAUAAUGAACGUGUUUCAAGAGCCAGACAAUGAAUUGUCAGAGUUUGUUAGUGAUAGUGGAAAUUAUAAACAAUGUAUUACAAAAGACAAGAUGAUGCUGUUUCUUACAGGAAAUUGUACUCUUCCUCCAAAAAUAACAGAACUAAAAGGAGUCCUUUUUAAUUCUCAAAAUACUUAUGCCACAGUUCCAGAGGUUCUAAUGUUAAAACUAACCCAUCUGCAAAACCUAACAUCACUCCUUUGUGAUUUCGAGAGUAUUAAAUGGUUGCAGCAAACAUGCCAGCUCCCUGAUGUUAGUUUUGCGGAGUUGUGCAGUCAAAGUGAAUUCCACAAGAAGCUUCUUCGUGGUAGAAACCGAAGUGAUCCUGCACUGACCAAUUUAAUUAGCCACAGAAAACUCUUCCAAGAAUUUCAGGAAAUAAUUGUUGGGAAUCCCCAAAAGCUUCUGCAACAAAUUAAGUGGUUACAAGAAAAUGUCUCCCAACUUAAAUAUUUCCGUGAUAACUCUAAGCAUAUUUCUGCCUUGAAUUCUAUAAUGAAUAUCACUAAGGUUACACCACAUUCCAGAAAACAAGAUAUGAUCAUAGAUCUGUUCCGAAAUGCUGAUGGCCUCAAGAAUGAUCUCAGAAAUAUUGUAGGAUUGUCUACCAAAAGUAUCAAUGCUUUCACAGAAAUGCCUCUUUCAGAAAACAAAACACAGCUGAUAUUUCAAAUACUACAGCUAGAGUCCUGUAAUACUGAUACUGGUGAUGCUAAGCUGGAAAUUAUAGCAAAACAAUUCUGCAACUUCUCCUUUGCAGAAAGGACUUACAAAUCUUAUCUUUUGGGGAUCACAUUUCUGCAUUACUUAGAUGUCUACAAAUUCAUCUAUAAGAUGGUUUUCCCUAAAGAAUUUCAAAUUCCUGUGGAUAAGGCAUUAGAACUUCUGAAAAACAUGGAUCACUUGAGGAUGCAGCUUAUAUCCAAUGUUCAUCCACUCUUAGAUGCAAUUCAUUCCCUGAAAAAGCUGAGGAUGACAAGACAUGCACCACUUUCUAAGGCUUUGUUUGAGGCUAGCAAUCUAACAAUAAAUAGCAGAAUGUUGAAAACUAUAUCCAAAACUUUCUGCAACCAUGAAAUCACUCCCUUGUUUUUUGAAUCUCUGCUACCUGAUUUUGAGGAGCAGAAUGUUCACCAUCCUUCUGCAGAUGAAGAUGAACAUAUUCAACAUAUUAUGAAGAAAUAUAGUAUUCCAUCUGAUACUACACCAUUCUGCUUAUCAUUGUUUCUGGACUUAGUUAAGACACCUUCUGGAGCUUUAAUUUGGUCUUUCUUAAAGCCCAUGUUGCGUGGGCAGAUUUUGUAUUCUCCAGAUACUCCUGAAACACGUGCAAUCAUGGAAAAGUCCAAUUCAACAUUGAAACUGAUGGCUGAUUUAACACAAAAAGCACAGGAGUGGUUGGACCGUUCACCGUUGCUCAUGGAUUCACUAACUAUAUUAAAUGACACUCUUCCAAUGGUGAAGAAUACAUUGCAGAAUCCUUUUGUACAAGUUUUCAUCAGAGUCAUGGUGAAGCUGGAUGCUGUUGAACUGUUAAACCAAAUUAAUGAACUGGAUGAUAUACGUUUGGAACUACAGAAUAGCACUGACAUAAUAAACCAACUUAUCAUUUUAGCAAGACUAUCAAUAAAUGUCUCUUCAUGUGUGCUGCUUGAUCGCAUUCAGCCAGGCAGAACUGUAGAGGAAAUGGAGAUGAUGGCAAAAGAUCUGUUUCUAAGAAAUGAACUUUUGGCAAGUGUGAUUUUCAAGUUACCUUCAAGUGGGAAAAGAAAACACAUAACAUCUAGUGGACUUUCCCUUCCACCAUUAGUCAAUUAUACCAUACGAAUGAGCAGCAAGAUUUCCCAAACAACAAAAAGAAUACGAGAAAAAAUUUGGACAGUGGGACCACAUAAUUCAGCCUCGCAAAGCCAAAUCUACAGUCGAGCAUUUGUCUACAUCCAAGAUAGCAUUGAUAGAGCAAUAAUUGAACUACAGACUGGGAAAAGUGCAGAAGAAAUAGCUGUCCAAGUUCAGGCCAUACCAUAUCCUUGUUACAAUAAAGACAUGUUUCUGACUAGCGUGACCUACUCUCUUCCAUUUACAUUAAUGGCUGCUUGGAUACUUUUCAUUGCAGCUUUUGUGAAAAAGCUUGUUCAAGAAAAAGACCUGAGACUUUAUGAGUAUAUGAAGAUGAUGGGUGUAAAUUCCAGCAGUCAUUUCUUUGCUUGGUUCAUCGAAUGCAUCAUAUUUCUCCUGCUUACUAAUAUAUUUCUUAUUUUUAUUCUCAAAUUUGGGAAUAUCCUUCCAAAAAUAAAUGUUGUGAUCUUGUUCCUGUACCUUCUGGACUACAGCUUCUCCAUAAUAGCCAUGUGCUAUCUCAUCAGUGUAUUCUUCAACAAUACAAACAUUGCUGCUUUGGUUGGCUGCCUGGUCUACAUCUUGGCCUUUUUCCCCUUCAUUGUCCUACUAGUUGUUGAGAAUCAGAUGAGCUUCACCAUCAAGAGCCUACUGAGUCUUUUAUCUCCAACUGCAUUCAGCUAUGCUAGCCAAUAUAUUGCCCGUUAUGAAGAGCAAGGCAUUGGUCUGCAGUGGGAUAAUAUGCAUGACUCACCAAUGUCAGGGGACAAUACUAAUUUUAGCUGGAUGUGCUGGUUAAUUCUGAUAGAUUCUUUUAUUUAUUUCAUUCUGGGAUGGUACAUCAGGAACGUUUUCCCAGGGAAAUAUGGGAUGGCAGCUCCAUGGUAUUUUCCACUCCUUCCAUCUUACUGGACUGAACGAUAUGGUUAUUUUCCUUUGUUGAGUGAGAAGUUAACAGGCUAUUUUUUCACCAAUUUCUUCUUCAGAAAACAACCUACUUUCCCUGAAAAGAUGUAUGUUCACAGUGCUUUACCCUCUAACAUUGAACCUGAACCCACUCACCUUAAAGUGGGAGUUUGUCUCCAAGGAAUAACAAAGAUUUAUGAAUCCAAAGCUGCUGUUCAGAAUCUCAAUCUGAAUUUUUAUGAAGGAAAUAUCACCUCAUUGCUGGGUCAUAAUGGAGCUGGAAAAACUACCACAAUAUCUAUACUGACAGGUUUGUUUCCUGCUUCAUCUGGCACUAUAUUUGUUUAUGGCAAAGAUACCAGAACUGACCAAGAUUUCAUCAGGAAAAAUAUGGGAAUUUGCAUGCAGCACAAUGUAUUAUUUGAUUACCUCACCACAAAGGAGCACCUGCUUUUAUAUGGCUAUAUCAAGGUGCCCCAUUGGAGCAAAGAAGAGUUACAGGAAGAAAUAGACCGGAUUUUAAAGGAAACUGGAUUAUACAACCAUCGUCACAAGUUGACUGGCUCUUUAUCAGGAGGGAUGAAAAGGAAGCUAUCAAUUUCAAUUGCUCUACUGGGAGGUUCGAAGGUUGUAAUUUUGGAUGAACCAACCACUGGAGUUGAUCCCUGCUCUAGGAGAGGCAUUUGGGAAAUCAUAUCAAAGAACAGAAAAGGCAGAACGAUCAUCCUUUCUACACAUCACUUGGAUGAAGCAGAGGUUUUAAGUGACAGGAUUGCAUUCUUGGAACAUGGAGGUCUCAAGUGCUGUGGGUCCCCAUUCUACCUUAAGGAAACUUAUGGUACUGGAUACCACCUGACACUUACUAAAGAAAAGAGCUCAGCUCUGAAUGUAGCAGAAGAAUGCAAUACCUCUGCUGUGACAGCCACAAUACAGGCUCAUCUUCCAAAAGCAUAUCUCAGAGAAGAUAUUGGUGGAGAACUUAUCUAUGUACUUCCUCCAUUUACCAGUAAAGUCUCUUCAUCCUAUCAGUCUCUUCUGAGAAACCUGGAUAGUAAUUUAAGUGAUCUUCGUAUUGGCUGCUAUGGAAUUUCAGACAGCACUAUAGAAGAAGUGUUUCUUAAUUUGACCAAAGAUUUUGCAAAAGAUGAACAAACCGAUGCAGAGUUAUCUCAAGAAGAGCCCAGUUUUACUGUGGAUAAUGAUGGCUUGUCCAUAAAAUCUAACAACCUCUUUGAACCAGAUGAUGAAGUCCUGAUUAACAUGGGAAAGCCAAACAAUCUUUCUCUCCUGCUGAGGAAGGCCACAGCAUUGUUCAUUAAACGUUUCCAUCACACUCGACGCGAUGUGAAAGGUUUUAUUGCUCAAGUUAUCCUUCCCGUGCUCUUUGUGACAGCUGCUAUGGGCCUUGGCACCUUGAGAACAAAGGUGGCAGAAUACCCAGCUCUCCAUCUCUCACCAGCCUUGUAUGGGUCUUCCAGCCAGUCAGACUUCUUUGGGAAUUACAAUCAAACCACAGAUGCUUUGGUUGCUUCAAUGCUCUCUUUUCCUGGAAUAGCUAAUACCUGUCUAAACAGAAGUAAUUUAACAUGUUUCAAGGAAGAUGUGGCUGAAAAGUGGAUAUUCAGUGGAAAUCAGAGUGAUCAGUAUACUGCCUGCAAUUGCACACUCAAUGGAGAGACUUGUUCAAAGCUGAACUUUUCACCACCUCACAAGAGAACAUUCUCUUCCCGGACAAUAUAUAACCUUACUGGGCAUGAUGUAGAAACUUAUCUUCUAGUUACUGCCAGAGAUUUUAUUCAAAAGAGAUAUGGUGGCUGGAGUUUUGGGCUGCCUUUAACUAGUAAUCUCCAGUUUGAUAUAAGCCCAGUGCCUGCUAACAGAACAGUAACAAAGGUUUGGUAUAAUCCGGAAGGAUAUCAUAGCCUCCCAGCCUACCUUAACAGCUUGAAUAACUUCAUUCUCCAUGCUAACUUACCACACGGAAACACCUCUGGAUAUGGCAUUUCUGUUGUUGCUCAUCCUUAUCCUGGUGGAGAGAGUCAGGAACAAGUCAUGCUUAGUAGUUUACUGGAUAUCAUCGUGUCCAUGUCAGUCCUGAUCGGAUAUUCCAUCACAACAGCUAGCUUUGUUCUUUACGUGGUCAAGGAACAUCAAACAAAGGCAAAACAGCUGCAGCAUAUCUCUGGCCUUGGUGUGACCAGCUACUGGGUGACUAACUUCAUUUAUGACAUGGUUUAUUUUCUGGUGCCUGUUAUACUUUCAGUGGGAGUUAUUUCAGCUUUUCAGAUACCAGCUUUCUUCAAUGACAAAAACCUGUUGGCUGUAUUCCUGCUUCUUCUUUUAUUUGGAUAUUCAACAUUUUCAUGGAUGUACUUACUGGCUGGAAUCUUCAAGGAAACUGGGAUGGCCUUUAUUGUUUAUGUCUGUAUCAAUUUAUUCUUUGGCGUCAACACAAUCAUCACCCAUUCAGUUGUUUUUUUACUUUCCCAAGAAAAAGCUACUGAUAAGAACUUGCAUGAUCUUGCAGAAACAUUGAGACAUAUUUUCCUAAUAUUCCCACAAUUCUGUUUUGGUUAUGGGUUAAUCGAAUUAUCUCAGUAUAAUGCCUUGAUGGGUUUUUUGAAAGCCUAUGGAGUGGUUUACCCUGAUAAAACAUUUGAACUGGACAGGACAACAUCCAAACUGCUUGGGAUGUUCAUUCAGGGAACUCUGUUUUUUACACUCCGCCUCUUGCUUGAUGAUGGAACAAUUCAGAAAAUGUGGCAUAAAAUAUUACAAUUUUUAUUUAAUAAACUGCAUGGUAAGUCUCCACUCUACCUUGAAGACAUUGUUGGGGAGGAAGACAAGGAUGUCCGAGCAGAAAAAGAGCGAGUGACAUUGGGCUUGUCAGAUUGUGAUGUGUUGCAGCUCCAGAAGCUUACCAAAAUCUACCAUCUUCCCUACCGAAGGAUUGUAGCAGUAAGAAAUGUCAACAUUGGAAUCCCAGCAGGAGAGUGCUUUGGCUUGCUUGGUGUGAAUGGGGCUGGGAAAACCACCAUUUUUAAAAUGCUGACAGGAGACAUUGGUCCAACUGAUGGAAGGCUACUGAUGCAAGAUGAAACUGGAUCCUUGAGUGAAAUUGAUGAUACACACCGGUCACAAUUUGGAUACUGUCCACAAGAAGAUGCUCUAGAUGAUUUGUUGACUGUUGAAGAACACAUGUAUUACUAUGCACGAUUACAUGGCAUCCCAGAGGAAGAUAUUAAAGGGAUUGUACUUCACCUUCUUUAUCGACUUAAUCUCAUGCCUUACCAAUGUAGAAUUGCCUCUAUGUGUAGCUAUGGCACCAACAGAAAGUUAUCGACUGCUCUAGCCCUUCUGGGGAAACCAUCAGUUUUAUUAUUGGAUGAGCCAAGUUCUGGUAUGGAUCCUAAUGCAAAGAGGCAUUUAUGGAAAAUCAUCACCGAGGAAGUGCAGAACCAGUGUUCAGUGAUACUUACUUCACACAGCAUGGAAGAAUGUGAGGCUCUCUGCACACGCCUGGCUAUCAUGGUAAAUGGACAUUUCCAGUGCUUGGGUUCAUUACAGCAUAUAAAAAGCAGAUUUGGAAAAGGAUUCACCGUGAAGAUGCAUUUGAAUAACAGUGCAGACAACAUUGAGAAGCUGACUCUAUUUUUACAAACAAACUUUCCAAAUACAUAUUUAAGGGAUCAUCAACUGAACAUGGUGGAAUAUCAUAUCCCAGUGUCUGCAGGUGGUGUGGCAAACAUAUUUCAACUUCUAGAAAUGAACAAAGCAGUUUUUGAAAUUAAACACUUUUCUGUGAGUCAAACAACUCUGGAAGAGGUUUUCAUCAACUUUGCUAAAGCUCAGACUAACCCUGAUAUUUCAGAUGCAAUCACCUAUACAAAUUCAGAAGCUUAAGGGAACACUUAACUGCUAUACUAAGUCUUAUGCCAAAACUUCUUGACUGCUGUAUUAAAGCCCUUUUUUGCAAGUUAUUUUAUGCAUUCAUAUUGUAAUCUAGACCAUGAAUCUAGGCACUCCCUUUUAUUUCAGAUUGGUCUUUUACUUCUUUCUCAAGUUUUUUUUUCUCAUGUAAAGAAUACAUAGCAGAUACAAGUAUAUUUCUCAUCAUGUAUUUAUAAAAUUCUUUCCAUGCUAUAGUUCCCAAAAAUAUAUUCAGUGAAAAAGAAGAGCUGCUUUGUGUUCAGGAAUAUAAACCAAAAGAUUGCUAUAUAGAGAGAUUAUGACAAUCUUAAAUAAAAGUAUUUAAAGUGACUGCGUAAUCUGUUAAUUUCUAAUCUUUGUUUAGAUCUUGGCAAAAGGAAAUGUUUGUAAGGAUAGAAAAGUAUGGAGAGAUAUAGCAAAUAGUGUGGAUAGAAACUAGUUUUAGGAAUAUUUUCUCUCCUUUUCUUUAAAUAUUUUAAAUGUCUUUUUGUUGCUCCUUAUAUUUGCAUAAUGUUGCUUACCAAAAAGGAAUAGCAAGAUGAUGGGUAUGGAUGUAUGAAAAUGUGGCAAAAGAUAUUUCCUUCACAAUGCCCAAAAUUUGGCCACCUAUAAUACAUUCUAUUUGGGCAAUAUUGCAUAAUAUUAAUUGUGACCUCACCAUUUCAUACAUGUCUUUUUGUACUAAGCACUCUUUUUCUUUGCAAAUAAACAAAAACAUACAUUAUACCUGUAAAACAUACAUGAAUACUAAGAAUUUGUAUUAUUUCCUGAGCAUGAGUAGAG